AUUGAGAAUGAGCGCUUUCUGUCACGUUGUGCAAAGGAGGAAGAAAAACUCCGCCUCUCAUUAUCCACCCAGCUAAAGCGGGACAUGAACAGGCUGUUUGAGACAGGACUACACAGCGACAUUACAUUGAAGUCUGGAAUACAAGAAAUUAAACUUCACAAUUUCAUUGUAAAAACCAGGAGCCUUGAGAUCUACAACAGACUACAUGAGGUCUGUACAGAGGCUGGAGGAGAUGUACUGGUACUCCCUGAAUGGGUCCAAGUUGCUGUACUUAGGGACACUUUGAGACUACUGUACAGUACCCUAACCAUCCAGCCACUUUUGAGUGAGGAUUCUGAUAAUGAUAUAGGUAUCGUUCAAGAUGUUAUAGGACUUUUAACAUUCCGACAGAAGUCUGAACCAAAGGAGGAAGAAGGAUCUGCCAUUGAAGAAACAGUUGAUUCAAGUAAGGUUGACACCCUUUCAGACACAGAUAAAUUAGAAUGUGAUAAAUGCAAUGGUGACAAUGCAGAUGAUACAGAAAAUCCAGAAUCUUAUACUCAAAGUGAGCCUGACCAGUCGGUACAUCCUGAUUCAGUCAAACCACAGCCAAGUGAUCCAAAUUUAAAUGAAAAUAGUGGUGUUAAUGGAGUUGUCAAUGGUGCCUCUUCUGCAAUGGAGCAUGAGGAAGCUGAGCUGGAACAGGAAGAAUGUAAAUCAGAAAUCCAAUUAAAUAAUGAUGAAAAGGGAGAAAACUCUAAGGCAGAAGAUGAUGAUUACUUAAAUGUACAAAUGACUCGCUCUGAUGCUUGCAAGGAGUUGGAGUCAAAUGAAAAUAUGGGCUCAAGCAAGGGAGAUAACUCUUCACUUCAAGAUCUGGUCAAGAUGACUUAUGACCUAAGUAUACCAUACAAAGCCUGUGAUUCCCUAGGGGAAGGACUCCUGAGGGGAUACCUGAAGGAAAUGGACCAUGACUGUGUCAUCUCAAUCUCUGGAGCACACUUCAAGGCACAUAAAUGUAUAUUAGCUGCUAGAUGUGACUACUUUUCUGCCAUGCUGGGAGGAUCCUGGAUGGAGAGUGAAGCUCAGGAAAUCAACCUUGAAGGGAUAAGCCCACCUGUAAUGGAGCAAGUCCUUCUCUACCUGUAUGGAGGAGUAUUAGACAUGGAGACAUGCUGUCCAAUAGGGGAGGUGGUAAUGGUAGCUGAUAUGUAUGGGCUCCAUGGCCUCAAUGCUAUCGUCACAUACAACCUGAAAAAAACUUAUUGUCAUUUCUUCCACAAGCCAUGUAGUGGCUGUGAGACAGGAGUUGUUGAAACACUGGCCUCAGCGCUGACCUUUAAUCUUUGUGAAUUGCGAGACAAGUGUAUCGAUUGGAUCAACAACAAUAUGGUGAAGGUGUGGAGGACAAAAGCCUUUGCCUCACUUCCUCCUGACAUCAUGGAUAUAGUCUGCAACUCUGCUAUCCACCAUCUGAAUAUACGGUGUGUGAUGGAAGUGAUGCUGGAUUGUCAGAAACUAAAUCGUAACAUUCCUCGGCUCAAGUGGUGUGAGCCUGUCCUGUCAGCUGUCACCAGACUCAUGGAUAGCUCCAUCGAAUACACAGCGAAAAAUUUCAUCAGUCUCCUGAACAGUGGAAAAUUCCGAGACAUUGAUACAACCCUGGCAUACCAGAUGGGACUACUAGAAGAAAUUUUUGGAACAAUAAUCAAGUCUUUACCUGUGUCUGGAGCCUGCCAAGUGUUUGAACGUCUCCACGCCCUGAACAAAGCAUCAACUUCGGAGGAAAUGGAAUCAGUGUGGAGUGAGGAAUUCUGUGCUUUUAUCCAAUCUCUAUAUAGGAAAUGCGAGGACUUUAUGAAGCUACACAUUCAUCAGAUGGCACAGACUGAAGACUGGGACUCCCUAAACAAGGACCUGCAAACACAUCUUAUGAAAAAUUCCAGCUUUGUAGUGAUAGAUAUGUCAAUCAAGGAAAAGAAAAUGGGGCCAAGGUUUAUGAGGAUGCAAAAAAAAAAACCUGAGGUUAAAGAACUGAAGACUACCUUGAAAGCCCGACCUAUACUAACAAGUGACAGAACACGUAAGCUGUCCGGUUCUAGUACAGGUACAAAGUCAGAUGGCAGGACGGACAAAGUAAUUGGUAAGUCUUCAGUACAAAGUCGAAAUAAACCUGGAAGUAACAGAACCAUAGUGGCUCAGAGCAAACAAGGGAAAGUCAAAUCACGUAUGGAAAGUAAAACUUCAAGCAGCAUUUCAGGAGUGACAGCGGAUCAACAGGAAAAUUCAGACCAUAUGCCUUGUGCUGACGGAAACCAUUGUGAGAAUUCUCCAAAGGGAAGUAACUAUGAUAGCUCAGAUGUUCAGGAUAAAUAUGAAUCUCAUUUAAACUUAGGUAUCAGUGAUGUAGCAGGGAAUGGUGAGCAUGACAGGGUGUGUCUGCCUGGGCAAAGUUUCUUUGUAGAUUCUGAAGAGGAUCUGGGUUCAAGUGAAACGCUGCCUACUGGUCAACAAGCAUGUGGGCAGACACUGGAUGUUAAAGAAAUGUCAGUGAAUAUAGAAGGUCAGGGGUCAGUGAUGUCAUUGAAUGAAGGUUCAAUGACAUCAUUAAAUGCUGAAGGUCAUGGACUUGCUGGAGAGACAUUAGACCCAAAUACACAUGACAUGGAGAUUUCUAGUCAAUUAGCAGAUCCUUUAGUAUUUAGUGUAGAACUUAUUCCAAUUUUCAAUGUCUCAUUUUUUGAUGGUAGUGAAUGAUUUUAAGCAUGUGCUAUUUUCUAAUCUAAAAUUAUUCUUAAUAUUAAAGAUACUUUCUACUAGAUAUUUGUU